CUCACCUUGGGGCUCAGAAGGCAGAUGUCCACUUCUCGUGGCCAUUUGGCUCAGCCUGUCCCUGGGGUCAGUGUGUCCAGCCCCGGCCACUAGGCUGUGGACCGUGAGGGGCCUGAGGGUUGCAGGCGGUGACUGCAGCCAGCGUCUCCUGGGCCCUGCCUGCCGGCCAGCACCAUCAAGGCACAGAGGAAGGAGGCGGCCAGACUUCAGUCUGUGCCAGCUCCUGGUUCUCCUGCUUCCUUGCCUGUUGGGGUGCAUUUGGAGAGGGUCACACACGCCUACAUGGGAGGGCCAGGGAUACAUAUGCCACCUUUUCGUCCUGUCAGGAAUCCCCAUUUCUGCUCUUAGAGCCGGAGAGAGAGCCCUCCAGAGAACCCGGGAGGGACCGGCCCUUACCCUGGGUCUGCACCGGGUCGGGCCUCCCUUUACUCCCCUGACAGUGUCCUGAAGUUGCAAAUGAGGAGGCCAAGGCCCAGGAAGGGCCCUUUGUGAGCUGGGGUCAGCCAGGCCUUGGAUUAGGGAAUCGGGGCUCGCUGGCCCCCUCGGGCCCCACCCCUCCAGGGAGGACUGCGGUCCGCGAUGAUGACAGCUGCCUUCUCCCAGAGCCCUGCUGUUCCAGGCCCUGUGCCCAGAGCACAGCUCCCUCGCCACCCUGAAGUGCAUGGCCUGCAUCGCUGGGCAGGCGUCAUCAGCCCAUUUUGUGGGGGAGGAAGCUGGGCCUCAGGAAGGGGAAGUGCCUUGCCCUGUCCCCAGGCAGUUUCGGCCCCAGCCUUGGCUGACAGUCUGGCACUGGCAGGGGGAGUGGGGAAGCGUCAGUGUCCAUCCAGGCCCCGCCCCCGCUGGCUGGGGUCUGAGGGCCAGUCCGGCCUGUCUGGCUCCGGGCCCUCCCGUGUUACAUGCUAGCCCCGCCCCGCCUGCCAACGGUCCUCUCCAGGGUGGUGCCCGUGACCCAGGAAGACAUCCGGUGAACGUCAGAGGUUUGAAUCCACAUCACGGGCUGCUGUGGCUACCCCAGGGUGGCAGGGAGAAUACCGGACAGGGUGUCCAGAGACCUGGGUUCCUGUCUCCGAACUGCCACUCACUCUUUGGUUUUGUGACCUUGGCCAAGUCACUUCUCUGCUCUGAGCCUCCGUUUUCCUGUAGAAUGGAGCUAAUUCGCCCCCCUCACAGGGGCUUCUAGCGACCGGUUCCUCUCCGGCUGGGGCCUGGGAAAUGGCAACUGCUGCAGACGCAGCCUUGAGGAUGGCCACUUGCCCGCUCAGCACUGUUACUUAGAAGACAGGAUCCAAGAGGAGCCGCCCCCCGCGGAGCCGGCCCGGGGGCGAGCCAGGGCCCCCCCAGCCCCGGGAUGACCUCGGCCGGCAGGGCCAACCCCUACAGUAUCGUGUCAUCGGAGGAGGACGGGCUGCACCUGGUCACCAUGUCAGGGGCCAACGGCUUCGGCAACGGCAAGGUGCACACGCGGCGCCGGUGCCGAAACCGCUUCGUCAAGAAGAACGGCCAGUGCAACAUCGAGUUCGCCAACAUGGAUGAGAAGUCGCAGCGCUACCUGGCCGACAUGUUCACCACGUGCGUGGACAUCCGCUGGCGCUACAUGCUGCUCAUCUUCUCGCUGGCCUUCCUCGCCUCCUGGCUGCUGUUCGGUGUCAUCUUCUGGGUCAUCGCCGUGGCCCACGGCGACCUGGAGCCGGCCGAGGGCCGCGGCCGCACGCCCUGCGUGAUGCAGGUGCACGGCUUCAUGGCGGCCUUCCUCUUCUCCAUCGAGACGCAAACCACCAUCGGCUACGGGCUGCGCUGUGUGACGGAGGAGUGCCCGGUGGCCGUGUUCAUGGUGGUGGCGCAGUCCAUCGUGGGCUGCAUCAUCGACUCCUUCAUGAUCGGCGCCAUCAUGGCCAAGAUGGCGCGGCCCAAGAAGCGGGCGCAGACGCUGCUGUUCAGCCACAACGCCGUGGUGGCGCUGCGCGACGGCAAGCUCUGCCUCAUGUGGCGCGUGGGCAACCUGCGCAAGAGCCACAUCGUGGAGGCCCACGUGCGGGCCCAGCUCAUCAAGCCGCGGGUCACCGAGGAGGGCGAGUACAUCCCGCUGGACCAGAUCGACAUCGACGUCGGCUUCGACAAGGGCCUGGACCGCAUCUUCCUUGUGUCGCCCAUCACCAUCCUGCACGAGAUCGACGAGGCCAGCCCGCUGUUUGGCAUCAGCCGGCAGGACCUGGAGACGGAUGACUUCGAGAUCGUGGUCAUCCUGGAGGGCAUGGUGGAGGCCACGGCCAUGACCACGCAGGCCCGCAGCUCCUACCUGGCCAACGAGAUCCUGUGGGGCCACCGCUUCGAGCCCGUCCUCUUCGAGGAGAAGAACCAGUACAAGAUCGACUACUCCCACUUCCAUAAGACCUACGAGGUGCCCUCCACGCCCCGCUGCAGUGCCAAGGACCUGGUGGAGAACAAAUUCCUGCUGCCCAGCGCCAACUCCUUCUGUUACGAGAACGAGCUGGCCUUCCUGAGCCGCGAUGAGGAGGACGAGGCAGAUGGCGACCAGGAUGGCCGCAGCCCCCAGGCCCGGCACGACUUUGACAGACCCCAGGCCGGUGGGGGUGGCGGCCUCGAGCAGCGGCCUUACAGACGGGAGUCAGAGAUCUGAGCCACCAUGGGCCAAGGAGCAGCGUCCGCCCCUCCAGGGAAAGGCCCGGCGUCCCGCGAGGGCCCUGGGUUUCGGCAGAACGGGCCAGGUGCCCCGGUUGCAGACUCAGUAGCGUUUUAGAUGUUUUAUGUUUCUUCACAGUGGCCUGGUAAGGUUGGCGGGAGAGUGGGCGGCCAAAAUGGGCCGCCCCUGGCCUCAGAGGCCAGGGGAGCUUCAGGGUCACGGAGGUCACCUCUAGGGGUCCGGGUCAGGAGCCAGGGCCUUCUGCCUGAGCAGAGCAGCAGCCUGCCCGGAAGUGGCUCGACAGCCACCCAGCUUCUGCGGGUGAAGGCUGGCGGGCUGCAGAGCGCCCCGCUGGUUUUUAACUUGGGGAGAAACACCGGUUUGGGCUUUCUCAACCUUAGAUUGAGUAAGACUGUUUACAAAAAAAAAAAAAAAAUUUAACACGUGAUUGACAAAAUA